CAAAAUGGCGGCAAAAGUGCGGUUAAGAACACUUCGUGGAAUUAUGAGAGAAUUAAAGCUGUUGUAUGGUUCAAAGGGAACUACAAGACAAAUAUUUGGAUAUUCAUUUUUGAUGUCAGAGUACAGGCAGUCUAUUUCAGUAGAUGAGCAAGUUGCUGAAGAACGUAGUAGAAAUGCCGAGAAUUUUCUGUGUUUGCUGACCAAUGAAAGAAAAAAACAGGAAUUACAGCDGUAUUACAAGGGUGCUGGGGAGAGUAAAAUAGAGACAAUUGCACAAAGAGUAGGAUUUGAAGUACCUAAUACAUCUUCAGUACCUAAUGAUAGUGAAACCACAAAGACAUGACAGCAACACAAUGGUAAUAUAGUAAUUAUUGUAGUAAGAAUUAGCAAAAUAGCGUACGAAAAACCACUGAUGAACUUCUGAAAGUUGUAUGUUUUGAAAUGCAUCUUUAACAGAUGUGCCAUUACUGCAUUUUUAUUUUAGAAUCUUCAUUUUUAUAUUUUGUAAACAAAAUAAACUAGUGAAAUAAUAGAAUAUYGAGGCUAUAAUACCACUGAGGAAUUGUUUUAUAACAUUAUUGAGCUUUCAAAUGGACACUGACAUCUUCAGGAGGUGAAUAAUGACUAAUAAAUCUUUAAAAAAAUAUAUGAUAUAUACAGUAAUAUAUAUAAUACAUGUGACAAAAUUUAGGCAACAUUUUAAUCUAUUUACCAGCAUUUACAUUCAGCUGCCUGCUUUGCUCUUAGUUUUCCAUGCCAAAUGAAAAUUUUAGGUCUAUUAUUUCCUGUACCAACAGACAGUACUAGUACUAAAAACUCAGUAAAUUCACAUUAACUUCAA